CGAGAGUGAGAGCAGCCGCAGAACUCUCUCUGCAAGCUGGGCUCGGCGACGCAGGCAGAGUGUCCGCGGAGCCGGCCGACGGACGCCGGCUCGUCCGGCUCGCGCGGCCAGCUCGACGACGCUCCUCCUCUCAGCUCUCCCUCAUCACCCUCGCUCUUGCGCACCGGCUGCUGCACACGAGCACGACUUGCUAGCUAGCUCGUCACGCCCACCGCGCCACUCGACCACCUCCCGCACGGCCCUGUCCUCGUCCUCGAGCUCGCCCUCGUCCGACAAGACGACGAUGAAGCCUCGCAUCCUCUGCCUUCCAGGCUUCACCCAGAAUGCCGUCAUCUUCAGCGGUCGCAUCGGUGCGCUCCGACGAGCGCUCAAGGACACGGCAGAGCUCGUCUUUAUCGACCCGCCGCACGUCGUCGAGAUGCCGACCGGCGACGCGUCCGACUUCAAGGACAAGUUCGACUCGGACGCGACCGCGGCGCCGACGUCGGACGCCGACACGCCGCGAGCGUGGUGGUUCGCCGAGUCGCGCGAGGACGGCCAGUACCGCAAGUUUAUCAAGUACGAGGAGACGCUCGUGUACCUGCGGCACGUCCUCGAGACGCAGGGGCCGUUCAGCGCCGUUUGGGGCUUCUCGCAAGGCGCGGCGUGCGGCGCCAUCCUGACGGCGCUCGUCGAGCAGCCGUCGCUCGACCCGAUCUUUGCGGCGCCGAGCCAGAACCCGGACGUCGAGUGGCCGCCCAAGCCGUUCUCGUUCGCGGUCCUCAGCGCCGGCUUCUACCCGCUCGAUCCUCGAGCCAACGCGUGCUUCAAGGCGGGCGUCAAGCCAAAGACGCCGACGCUCCACGUGCUCGGCAGGGGCGACACGAUUGUCGGCGCAGAACGAUCCAUCCCGCUCACCGAGGCGUUUGAGGGCGCUCGCGUCGAGUGGCACGACGGCGGCCACCACACGCCGAGCAAGGCGAGCUGGCGCAGGUUCUUCCAGGCGUACAUCGAGGCGUUCAGCGAGGGAGGAGGAGGAGCAGAGGCGGCCGCAGCGUUGGCGUCGCCGUCGGCAGGGGGCGCAGACACGCCGGUCGAGGCGGCGGCGGGCAAGCUGUAGCUGUGCGAGUGCGUAACGCGAGUCCCUGUUGCAGUGCC